GAUAGCUUACUAUUCUUUUGGCACCAAAACCCUAUUUCAUGUGACGUGAACCCCUUUCGCUCGCUCCGAGUGCGGAGGAAGGGGAGCUCGACGCACCCAAGUCGCCCGCCCACGGAACGCGCCGCCGCCGCCGCCGCCAUCACAUCACAGAGGCCUCGCCGUCGUCUCGGAUAUUCCCCGCCGUAGGACCAGUUUCCCUCCAGCUGCCGGAGACCAUGUCGGGCGGCCUGGACAUGUCCCUGGACGACCUCAUCAAGCAGUCCAAGUCCCGACCCAAGGACAGCCCGGCGUCCUUGUCGGGGCCUGCCCGCCGCGCGCCACACCCCGCCCGCGCCGCGCCCUACCCACCGGCCGCUCCCAAGGCCCGUGCCGCCGCCGACUCGCCCUACGGGGUCUACUCCAAGCACAUCGCCGCGAUAGCGCCGCCCCCGCUGGCCAAAGCAAGGUCGCUUGAGACGGGAACGAAGCUGCACAUCUCCAACCUUGACUCCGGCGUCACCAUCGAGGAUGUCCAGGAACUCUUCUCAGAAGUUGGGGAGCUCAAGCGUUAUUCUAUGAAUUAUGACAAGGAUGGGAGAUCUAAGGGGACUGUGGAAGUUGUCUUUGCAAGGAAAGUGGAUGCUUUGGAUGCUAUCAAGAGAUACAAUGGUGUUCUACUUGAUGGGAAGCCAAUGAAUCUAGAGCUCAUUGGAAACAAUGUCGAACCACCUCCCAUGCCACCAGUAAUACACAGUCGUCCUUUGCAGAACUAUAAUGAUAUCCAUAGCAGUAUGCCUCAAUCCCAAAGAGGUGGUCAGCGAAGAGUACCCCAAGGCAACGGUCGGGGUGGACGCAGUAGUCAAAGCAGUGGUGGCCGGGGACAGGGGAAAGGCCGAGGCCAGGACCGGAAUCGCACCACCAUUUCUGCUGCAGAUCUUGACGCCGAACUUGACAAGUACCAUGCAGCGGCAGUGAAGGAGGAAUGAGGCUCUGGCGUUCUGUUUACUAAACAGCUGGAACUAUCAAUCAUAUUUACAGCUCUGCGGGCACGAUUGAGAACAAUUGGAAACUAAGGGGUGUUUGGUUUGAAGAGUCAAUCCAUUCUAGAUGAGUUGGUGAAAUGAACUUAUUUCUCAUAUUAUUACUAAUUAUUAGCCUAUGAGUAAUGAAAUGGUAAUGGAUCAAUUCAUUCUAUUACAUAAACCAAACAAGAAAGUGAGGAGUGAGAAAAUGAUGGACUAUCUCAUCCCUCAAAUCAAACACACUAUAACAUUAUUGUUGUGUCUGCCCUGAUCUGUUA